UGGUAGAACGAAUGGCUGAGGCGAUGGCGGAUACCUACAGCCCUGACAGCGAGCCUACCACGCGCACGUUGCUGCGGCGCGUGCUGGAUACCGCGGACACGCGCACUCCGCAGCGACGCCGAAGUACUAGAAUUGGUGCCCAGAAAUCCCUACUUGAAAUACCUUCCUCCAGGAGGUUGAGCAUCUCAACAAAGAUGAAUGUGAGACAGCGUUCCCAAAGAGCCAGGUCUAUUGGCAGAUUGGCCCAUGUUCAAACCAGUGGACACCUGGAGGAACAGACACCCCGGACUCUGCUGAAGAACAUCCUUCUAACUGCCCCAGAAUCUUCCAUCGUGAUGCCAGAGUCAGUGGUCAAGCCAGUGCCAACACCGCAGGUGGUUCAGUCUUCUAAACAGGAAAGCAGUCGGGGCAGCCUGGAGCUGCAACUUCCUGAGCUCGAGCCCCCCACAACCCUGGCUCUAGGUCUGCUGGCUCCUGGCAGGAGGAAGCGGAGGCUGAGAUUGUCAGUCUUUCAGCAAGGAAUAGACCAGGGGCUGCCUCUCUCCCAAGAGCCUCAUGGGAAUGCCAGUGCCUCCUCUCUCACCAGUUCCCUCAACUUGACCUUUGCCACACCUCUUCAGCCACAGUCAGUGCAGAGGCCUGGUUUGGCUCGCAGACCUCCCACCCGCCGAGCUGUAGAUGUGGGUGCAUUUUUGCAGGAUUUGCAAGAUACUUCCCUGGCCUUGGCUUCUCCAGGUAACAGCCUCAGAACCCCUGCUGCUACCCUGCCAACGGACACCGUGUUGGAGGACACUCAGCCCUUCUCCCAGCCCUUGGUUGGCCAUUCUCCCAGUGUGUACCACUCCCUGCCCUAUCUCUUUCACACUGAGGCUAAAGAUGCUGAGAAGGCUGUCAGUCACAGGACACAGAGCAAUGGGCCUAGGCUGCAGAACCACAGUCCUGGAAAACCAGCCCAACUUCUGCCAACAAAGGCAAAGAAGGUUGAUGCCCUUGCUAUGAGCUUCACAAAUACCAGCAGUGCUAUCUCCGGAGAAGAUGAAGUAGAGCCCUCACAAGAUGUAGUUAGUGAAGAGGCAGAGGAAAUGAUGGAGGAAAGUUUGAAUAUGGGUGAAGUGAAGGACACAACAGGAACACAAGGAUCUGUCAGGACAGAAAAGUCUGAGAGACAUGCAGAAAUGACAGAAGCUUUUGAAGCCAAGGAACCAGAAGGAUCUUCAGGAGAUGAGGACAUCUCUGCAAGUCCAGAAUUGGCCUCCAGCACCACUGAGUUUCUUCAAACCAAGCAACUUCAGUUUCCUAAGUCAGCCCCACUGCCUAGCACUGCCAUCUUAUCUUCAGAGGAUCUGGAGCCUCUCCCAACCAGGCUUCCUCCCAGGGCCAGAACCCUUGGCCCCAGGCCCCGUCAAGAUCCCUACAAGACUGGACUGAGCCACUAUGUGAAACUCUUCAGCUUCUAUGCUAGGAUGCCCAUGGAGAAGAAGGCUCUUGAGAUGGUGGAGAAGUGCCUGGACAAGUAUUUCCAGCAUCUUUGUGAUGACCUGGAGGUGUUUGCUUCUCAUGCUGGCCGCAAGACUGUGAGGCCAGAGGACCUGGAAUUGCUGAUGCAUCGGCAGGGCCUGGUCAACGACCAAGUCUCCCUGCAUGUGCUUGUGGAGCGGCACCUGCCCCUGGAGUACCGGCAGCUGCUCAUCCCUUGUGCAUUCAGUGGCAACUCUGUCUUCCCUGCUCAGUAGUGGCCAGGCCUCAACAUUCACCCAGUCCCCACAUAGGGCCAGUUGGCCUCCACAUACUCUUCCAGGUCUCCUCCCCCACUUGCCCACCAUCAAUAAAGUGUCACAAACAGAA